GGUAUAUCGUCACCAUUAUUAUAUAUAAGACCAAAGCCAUGUUUCGACAUUAAAAAAAAAGGGCAUAUUUUCAUGCAAAAAUGGAGCUCCUAAUCCCACACCCAUCAAACUCGUCACCUCUCACCGUCCUCGCCUUCCUCGACAGGGCCGCCGCCAUCUACGGCGACUGCCCCUCCGUCGUCCAGACCAGCACCACCGUCCAGAUGACGUGGGCCGAGACCCACCGCCGCUGCCUCCGAAUAGCCUCCGCCACCGCAUCCUCCGCCGGAAUCCGAAGAGGCCAAGUCGUCUCCGUCGUCGGUCCCAACGUACCCUCCGUUUACGAGCUCCAGUUCGCCGUCCCAAUGUCCGGCGCCGUCCUCAACAACAUCAAUCCCCGUCUCGACCCCCACUCUCUCUCCGUCCUCCUCCGCCACAGCGGAUCCAAGCUCGUCUUCGUCGACCACCACUCUUCCUCUCUCGUCCUUGAAGCCUUAUCGUUCUUGCCACGAGCCUCGCGGCCAGACCUCGUCCUCCUCCGAGACGAGGACGGGGACCGGUCCCUAUCCUCGUGGUCCGGUGAUUUCCUCGACACUUACGAGGGGUUCAUGGAGAGAGGUGACCCAAAGUUCAAGUGGGUCCGACCCAGGAGCGAGUGGGACCCGAUGGUGCUUAACUACACCUCCGGCACGACGUCGUCUCCCAAAGGUGUGGUGCUUAGCCAUAGAGCGGCUUACAUUCUCACGGUUAGUUCGUUGAUCGACUGGUCCUUACCAAACCGGCCGGUUUAUCUCUGGACCUUGCCCAUGUUCCACGCCAAUGGGUGGGGCUACACGUGGGGGACUGCAGCGGUCGGAGGGACGAAUGUGUGCACGCGUAGGGUCGACGCGCCGACGAUCUUCGAGUCGAUCGAGAAACACGACGUGACUCACAUGUGUGCUGCGCCUAUGGUGCUCAACAUGCUCACGAACUACCAGAAUCGGAGUCCGGUCAAGAACCCGGUUCGGGUUAUGACUGCGGGUUCUCCACCGCCUGCUGCAGUUAUCUCCCGAGCCGAGUCGCUCGGUUUCGAGGUAAGUCACGGCUACGGUAUGACGGAGACAGGAGGAUUGGUCGUCUACUGCGGGUGGAAGCCUCAAUGGAACCACCUAGACGAGAACGAGAGAGCUAGGUUGAAGUCGAGACAAGGAAUCAAGUCGAUCGGAUUGGCUGAAGUCGAUGUAAUCGACCCAAAAACAGGGAAGACCGUGGAACAUGACGGAGUUUCCAUCGGGGAAGUCGUUUUCCGCGGUGCCUCCGUCAUGCUCGGUUACUACAAGGACCCCGAAGGCACCGCAAAAUGCAUGAGGGAUGAUGGGUGGCUCUACACGGGUGACAACGGGGUGAUACACCCUGACGGGUACCUCGAGGUCAAAGACCGAUCAAAGGACGUGAUCAUUUGUGGCGGGGAGAACAUCAGUAGCGCAGAGAUCGAGUCGGUAUUGUACACAAACCCUGCGGUGAAGGAAGCGGCCGUGGUGGCUAAACCGGAUAAGAUGUGGGGAGAGACGCCAUGCGCUUUCGUGAGCUUGAAAAACGGCGAGGAAAAGGAGAGAUCUCGGCCCGUGACCGAGAAAGAGAUAAGGGAAUACUGCAAGAAGAAGUUACCGAGGUAUAUGGUUCCGAGGAAAGUGGUUUUCCGGGAGGAACUUCCAAAGACUUCAACGGGUAAGAUCCAGAAAUUUCUCCUCCGAGAAAUGGCGAAAUCCCUACCAUGACGUAUGAUCAUUUGGAUUCACCCGAAAACUCGAGAAAAAUAAGAUUUCCUUACCGUAAUUCUAAGCUGGGCUUGUUCCGAAUCUGU